AUGCGAAUACUUCAGCCUGAUUGGUGGUACAAGUACCGGAGGGUGAGUAAGAUAGCCUCAAAAUGCCGGCUGUACCAUUGACAGGUAGUUGGUAGAAUAAUAGCUUUAAUGUUAGGUCGACUGGAAUUGGACGUUGAUCAAUGCAUUGAAAAGUACAUUGAGCUAUCAUCGAAAGUGUUCCAGCUCAAACGAAGAAAGGUCGAUUUAUUAGGUCGAAGCAAAGAUUGGUGGUCUGCUGAUGGCAAAUAUCGCUCAGAAAGCUUGGAGUCCCAGUUCAGAGAUGCCGCAAAGAGAGUCGGAGGCGAUGAAGAUGCCCUGCUCCUGCACGAGUAUGGCACUUGCAAAGUGUGAGUCGUCCUAAGAAUAGCCGUUCAACAGCCCCUGCUAAGAUUACUGCUUAAUCAGAUUCGUAUGUGCCCAGUCUAAAGCUCAUAAUACAACAAUUCGACUUCGUACAUACCUCAACAACCAUUCUGUUGACCAUUUAUCUCUUGCAAAUUGCAAAAUAUGGGAAGCGGCGCGUGCCACUUCGGCAGCCCCGGGAUUUUUUGACCCUAUUACUAUUGGCGAGCAAGCUUACGUUGAUGGUGCAACUGCUCAAAACAACCCUGUGGAGGAGGUCUUUAGAGAGGGUAGACUGAUCUGGGAUGACUUUGACUCCAGAGUCGAGAGUCUUGUGAGCAUCGGAACAGGAGUGCGUGAUCCUGGUCCAUUCGGUGACGACAUCCUGCACAUUGUGCAGUCACUCGCCAAGGCUGCAACUCAAACAGAGAUCACCGAGAAAAGGUUCUACGAAAGCCAUUUUGACUACGGGUUAAAAGACGCCUACUUUCGUUUCAGCGUCACUAAUGGCAUGAAGGGUGUGAAAUUGGAUUCAAUUGAAAGGCUUGCUGAUAUAGAGUCAGCCACGCAAGCUUACUUAGAAGAGUCUCGCGUUCAAAGAGACAUCAGACUGUUCCUUGAAGCGGAACCUAAACAAAAUGGCAAGUACCCAUCUGAGGUAUCGUGAACCGCUUGCUUACAUGGCAUCCAAGAAAUCGUUGACGAGUUUACCAGAACUCGCUACCUUGACUAGCUUCCAGUACUAGAGUCUGGAUCUUUGCACAAUACGGCCGUACGCCUCAGGACCAAUAGCAACACUGGGAAAUGGUUCCUGGAAGAUUCUUACAAUCAUUGGAAAGACCAGGCUAAUUCCUUCGUCUGGCUCCAUGGUGAUGGUAGUAUCCGUAUCUUUUCGAACCUUUCCACGAACUCGCUAACUUUCAAUAGCUGGGACUGGUAAAACAGUGUUGUGUUCGAGUAUAAUAGAGAAAAUUAGACACGAAAAACUGGGCACUCUGGCCUUUUGUUAUUUUUCCCAUCAGAAACCAGAAAACUCCGUAUACGGGCUCUUGUGCUCUAUCCUCGCCAUCUUGCUACGGGAUCAAAUCAAAGAACAUCCAAUCCAGCGCUCCCGGUACACAGUGCCUACGAUCUUCAGCGACCUCUACAAAUGUCACCACCCAGCAAAGGAACCCCCCUCUUCAGAAGUCGAGGAUGUCCUGCAGAAGCUACUGCGAAAAGCAGGAGAAGUUUUCAUUGUAAUCGAUGGAUUGGAUGAAGCUUCCCCCAAGGUCCAGGUCGAGACGCUCGAGCUACUUGCGGGGAUAAGAAAGGGCAGCACGGGAAAUCUCCAUAUACUAGUUGCCAGCCGUGGAUAUCUCGAUAUUGAGAGAACCAUAGCGCGAUUAGACUUCCCAGCUAACUAUAGGGACAUCUCAAUGAACGCUACGGAAGUUGACCACGACAUCAACAUUCACCUAAAAACUUUCUUGUUGAAAGAGCCUUACGUGAGAUGGUCUACACCAUUGAAAAAUGAAGUCCUUUCCCGGCUCACGACAUCCGCCAACGGUGUAUUCCGUUGGGCAGACCUUCAGAUUAGAGCUCUGGAGCAUGAGGAUCGAGAGAAAGACAUUAGACGAGCCCUCCAACGCUUGCCCAAAGACUUGCACGAGACAUAUGAGCGCAUGCUACAAGACAUAGAACAAAAUCACAAAAAAUAUGAGGCCCUUUCGAUCCUGAUGUGGUUGGCAUGGGCCAAACGUCCCUUGAAUUUGGCGGAAGUGGCUGAACUUGUCGCAUUCGAUAGACCAAACGAAGGGGAGGAACUGGUUUUUGAUCCCAGGGAUCGCUUUUCUGACCAUUCUUCUGUCCGACGUUUGGUAGCCGGCCUUGUCAGCUUUAACAACGACGACAAUAAUGACCGACCCGGCAUAGUGACAUUCGCUCACUAUUCGGUUCUAGAAUAUUUGAAGAGCAUAAGCGAGUUGUACGAGUCAUUCCGUCUCCGAGAGAUUGAAAGCCACCGGUUCAUCUUUCAGUGCUGCGCCGCAUAUCUGUCUCACUACACUCGGAGUCUCGAAAAGAAUGAUAGGCUGACACCCUAUCCCUUACUAAUCUACGCAUGCACUCACCUGGAGUACCAUGCCAAAGCUUCUGGAAACGUUGAACUGGCGACUGCCAAUAAAGUUAAUGGCUUAGUCGACAUUGUUGCGACCCGGGGCAACGAGUUAGCCAAGCUUCCGCAGAGUUUAUUACCUGGCGACUAUGGCCAACCUUUCAACCUUCUUUUCAACAUAAUGUGGAACGGCACGAGGGGCGGCACGUUUGACUCCGACAUAUUCGCCCUCCAUAUUGUGGCCUUAUGCGGUUGGUCGAAUAUUCUUGAGCUUCUUUUGGAUGCUGGUCCAGGCAUUACAGGCUCUUACGACGUCAAUUUCUGGGAGACACAAACCCCCUUACAUUCGCUCGCUCAACAGGGCUUUAUUUUAGGUCGGCUGGCGAAACCGACAGGCAACAACACAGUCCUGAAACUCAACAAAGUAGAGGACUAUAAGCAAGUAAUUGAGCUUCUUGUAGAUGCAGGAUUUGACUGCAACGCAAGGGACACUAGCGGACGAACCCCGCUUCACUUCGCUGUAGUUUCAGGCUACACCGACGUGGUUAAAGCUUUCCUCCACCGAUCAGAAAUAG